AUGGAAGCCCUCCAUGUUGUUUGGACGGCGCAAAGGCAUGUUCUUGGGCGGCUGCUUCGCUGCCUCCUCGUUAUUUGCCUGGUGCGGCCCACGCACCAAGCCUUGAACAUCGAACAGGUCCUGGAAGAUGCGGUGCUCCGUUUGAGGAACCGGGUAUAUAUCGCAGACACAUUGGUGCACAAAGCGUCGGUGGCCAGAUGUGACUCAGCCGUGGACGGCCCGCACUGCCGUGGCCCGCAGGGCAGCUUCGCUGGGGAUCCGGUGGAUGCAUCCUCCGACAGGUCGGCGCUCGUCACCGAUGGAAUCUUUUCUACGAGACUGCUUGCGACGGCAGAGGGCGGCGAGAUGCUAGAUGAGUAUUUUCUUGGGGCCAGCCUGAAGGCGGCUGGCCAGAAACUCCACUCCGAGGCAGCGACAGCGUCGGAGUCCCAGCGCCCAAAGCAGGCGUCGGCCGGAAAACCCGGCGGACGCUCGGCGCUGCUGAGCUUUCGAGGGAUGCGUCCCUGGCAGGCAGGGCUGCCUGAGGACUUCGCGGGCACCCGACGACUGGGAGGCGGCGUGCCUUUCCAGGUCAAGUGGGAGGGGCCCUGGAGCCUUGUCGAGAAUGAUGAAUUCGAGAACGAUGCCGUCAAGCGCAAUCGCUUCGUCGCCAGACUUGUGGGUGGGGUCGGCCGCAUACGCUUUGGCAGACCCGUCAGCAUCCAGUCCGUGGACCUGCGCCGGCCACGUUCCUGCAGAGUGCCUUUUGGCAUGCCAUUGGUGGUAAAAGGACGCCGCAAGGGAGCGGAGGUAUUCCAGGAAGUGGUUCCAAAGUGGGAUCUGCACACUUUUGUAAAUGGUGUGGCUUUCUUCGCUUUGACGUCCACGGAUGUCGUGGACGAGCUCGUGUUCCAGGAAUGCAUACUGGUGGGUGCUGUCCAGCUUACCUUUGGUUUUGACUUGGAUGCCGUCUUCAGCGACCAGCUGCCAGAUUCCCAAAGCGAGAUGCCACUGUAUGUGACCUUUAGGGAAGGCUGGCAUGCGUAUGGCUGGGAUGAGAUCGAAUUCCGCAUUCCGGCACAUGUGGAGACAGCCCCGGUCUGGCAUCUGAACGAUGUGGCUUCCCAGCGCCUGUCAUUGCGUCCAGGGGUUUUCGAGCUUCCACAAGCAUCCUCCCGGGACGCUCCUCUUCCCGGUCUCAUGGACCCUAUCUCAGCAGAGCUUGAUGCUGAAGAGGAGGCACUGCUAUCCGCGGAGCUGGAACUGCAGGCACAAGGCGGAGGUGGCGACAAGCCCGAAAGUCACACUUCGACUGCGAGGGCGAGCGAGGGACCGGAGCCCAUCCGCAUGCCCGCAGACCUCGAGGAAGUUCUCGAUACAGCCAUCCUACCCCAGGAGUUUGUGGAGUUGGCCAUAGCCGCGCCCCAAGCAUCCGAACGAACGUGUUU